CAUCUGUUUUGUUUUGUUUUUUUCCCUCAGGUUUUGCUCUCUGGACUCAUCGGAGUGGUGUCAUGGAAGAGGCCGCUCUCUCUUGUGAUCACAUUCUUCAUGCUGCUGUCUGCAGUGUGUGUAAUGCUCAACCUGGCGGGCUCCAUUCUCUCCUGCCAAAACGCUCAGCUUGUUAACUCGCUGGAGGAGUGUAAGCUGGUACCGUUUGACAACGAUGGAGUGUGUGUCUGCUGCGAGCAACAGAAGCAGAGCACCGGCUGCAACAACCAGGCAGAGAUGCUGAAACUGAACCCCCUGCGGGACUGCAACACCAUCCGCCUUCGCCUCAAGGAGUUGCUGUUCAGUGUCUGUGCCCUUAACGUCAUCUCCACCAUUGUGUGCGCUCUUGCCACCGCAAUGUGCUGCAUGCAGAUGGUGUCGACUGAUGUACUGCAGAUGUUCAUGCCGCACAGAGCCCGAGCCUUAAACGCUGAGUGUAUGACCCCCCAUGGUACCAUCCUGCAUCAGACCCUGGAUUUUGAUGAGUUCAUUCCUCCGAUCCCUCCACCGCCCUACUACCCCCCAGAGUACACCUGCACCCCCUCAAUGGAUGGACAAAGAGGCCUGCAUCUGGACUUUCCACACUCCCCCUUCAGCGCCAUCUACGGGGUGCCCAUAAAUAGCCCGGGAACCCUUUAUCCAACUGACCUCCCUCCUCCGUAUGAGUCUGUGGUGGGCCACACCCCGGCCAGCCAGGUCACCACCAGUAUCGAGCAACAGGCCACUGAGUCCAGUCUGUGUGACAGAAAUACCACAGCAGGAUUCAGCACACAGGCCUCAGUUGACAGUGCAUCACUGAUGGUGUCUGAGGUUGCUGACCAGGACCAGACCUGCUCUUCAGAGGACCUGUGCUCCCUGGAGGUGCAGGGCUCCGACUCGUCUCCGUUUGGCACCCUGCAGACUGCCCCCACUGACGGAAGCUGCACCAGCCUUGAACUCUGCACGCGUCUCUCUACCCGUUGCCACCGCGGCAUGCCUCACACCGACGCGCGCCCUAGCGACACGGGAUUCAGCGAGUCCUCACACACCCAGGACUCCCUGGAACGCUCACCGGAUUGGUCCUCGGAAAACUUUAGCAACCUGGACCAGGAGUAUUCUGCGGAGAACACGCAUCCCUGCGAGGAACUGAGGGCCGCAAUGCACAUUUGUGACGAGCUGGCCUCAGCCAAACAUUUACCAGAGGAGCCACCAAAGGCCCAGACACAUUCCUUGAUCAAAGCGAGAAUGAUGAGCAGGAAGCUCACCUUACCUGUAACUAUCCCGCCACCGCCGCAGCCUUGUUCCCCCACCUCAGUGGCCUCCUCUGGUGGAACUUCUGCCAUCAGCCCUUUGGCUCCCUCUCCUUCUCCCUCUCCCCCCAUCCGGCCACGAGGCCCCAGGCUGUGCUUCAGUGUUUGGUCACCCUCCUCCUCGUCACAGCCCCCCUCUACCUCAGCUCAGAGCGGCCAGUCACCCUCCGAGAGGCCUCGCGCGCUCAGAGCAGCCAGAAGGUAUCGCAAACUGGCACGCAUCGUCCGUUCCACCAGUGACCCCAUCUCCUGCUCCACCACAACAGGAAGACAGACCUGUGCCUGCACCACUGGAAAUAACCCAGCUGCUGCAGGCUCAGCUCGUACUUCUCCAGAACAGGAGACGAGAGAUGUUUCAUCAGAAAUAGUCGGAGCUAAGCCGGGCCACGUAGCUGUCACAAAGCAGCAGCAGCAGCAGAAGGAGGGCAGGAAAGUGGACAUCCACCUUAAACCUCGAUCCCUUCACACGCACCCCUCCCAUGAGCGCCCGCACUCACUGGCUGACCUUAAGAUGUACAAAGACACAAAAAUAUUAGUGGCCAAAUUCUUGGAGCACUCCAGCAGCAGCAGUCUACCUCCAGAAGUCCAGCAGGUCGUCAACAACAUCAAGUGUGUGAUCAAGUCAGACGAGAAACACAUGGAAGAGGCCAUCUUCAGUGCCAAUGUCAUAGAUCAGGUAAUGACCCAGCGCAUCAUUGGCAGUCCAAGAAAACGGGACCACGAGGACAUACAUCUUCAGAGCUGCGGUGCUUUGAGUUCCUCCCCGUCCAUGUGCCGCUCAAAACAUCACCCACAGAAAACCAGCUCUUCAACUGACCCACAGGGCUCCCCAUCCUCUGAACAAGGCCUUGAGUGCAGAGAAACCAUUCUCUGACCACUCGGAUCAAGACUCUGAGGGCAUUCCAGUGUGCUGAUGUCGCCGCCCUAUGUGGCAGAUGUCUGCGGAGUAAUUAAUAACUCUCCAGACGUUAUGGGAUCAUUGUUCGCUCAGUGUGGCUGCAGUACAAAGCAUCUGAAGUGCUCCUAUGCUGCUCAUAGUGCCCUGUGAGACCAUGCCAAGUCAUCAGCAAAAAUGGUAGCAAACUCCGUCAGAGCCUGCCAGUGUCUGUAGUGGCUUUUUUUUUUUUUUUUUUUUUUAUCCGAAACAAAUAAAAGAAUGUUCUUCUCCCUCAGGGGACCUUUUCUACUGAAUUUCAUCUCCUUAUGAAAAGAAACUAAUAACCCAGCUGGUAAGCCUGGAUCCGUGACAGACACCCAGAGAAAAAUGUCUGUUGUCUGUAUUCCUCUUGUCCUCAUGAGAAACAAAUGUGUCUGUACAAAACUGUGAACUGAACUGACAGGACGGACACUGCUGGCCAUUGUUUGCUGACUUGUGGAAAUAUUUCUGAUAAGGUGGUGAAUAUUUUGUGGUUCAAAAACAUCACAAAUGUUGAUUAUUUAACUUACCUCAUUGUGCUACAAUUCUUAUCAGUGUUACAAUAAAAUAUGCAUUUUUAGUUUUG